UGUCACCAGGAAAUACCCCUCAUUCAAUUGAACUCUCUUAAACCAGCAAGACAUGGAAGAAAAGAAGCGCAUUAAAGAGCUUUUGAAUGAAGGUGUCAAAGUGUACGAUUGGGCAAGAUGGAUAUCUAUGGGCAUCGGUGUCUGGCCUCUUGCGCCAAAUAAUUAUAUUUUUAAUAUAACGUUUUUGUAUUCUACAAUCUUUAUGAUUUUCGAGUACAUUGAUAUUUUUUUCCAUAUCCAUGAUAUCGCGGCUAUUAUGGAUAAUCUAUCUGAGAAUGUUCCAUUUACUGUUGCUUAUGCGUAUACAUUAUUUUUACGAGUCGAGAGAAAGAAAUUAAGUUUAAUAUUUAAUGAAUUUUUGUCGGAUUAUACCAGAGACGACGCGUUUAAAAAUUUAAAUGAAGUUGAAACAUUUAAGAUUUACAGUGACAAUGCUAACUUUUUUGUUAAAAAUAUUAUUGGCUCUGCUUUCUCUUCAGGAAUUAUUUGGUUAUUUUAUCCAAUGACUAAAUUUAAUAAUUUAGAUUUUGAGAAUAAAACGUCGAUUAUUUUACCAUAUCGUGCCUACAUUUUUCAUGAAAUAAAUGACUUGAGAAUUUAUGCAUUAACUUAUGCUUGCGAAAGUCCAUUUGCUGCUCUUGUUUGUUUCGGUAUGAUAAGUUUUAAUAUAUUUUUAAUUAUUUUCGUUUUCCAUCUAAGUGGUAGGCUGGCUAUUUUGGCAAUGAGAAUAGACAAAUUUCAAAUUGAAGAAAUGGAAUAUCGAGAUAAGUUGAAUGUUAUUGUCGAGAAUAUUAAAUUAAUAAAAUUGGGGCAUCAAAUUGCAGAUAUAUUUUCUACACCAUUAUUAGUAUUUUUUGUGUUAAUAAAUUUUUCAUUGUGUGUUCUUGGAUACCAAAUAUUAGUAAUUUUAAUAACAGGACUUAAUGCAGAGAUAAUGCAAUACAUUAUUCUUUUAUGUACGGCGUACGUUUUGUUGUUUGUUAUUUGUUUUAAUAGCGAACUUCUUUCCGAUGAGAAAAAUAAAGUUUACCAAGCAUUUUGUAACUGUAGCUGGUAUAAUAUGCCUCCGAGUUAUAUCAAAGAUAUAACUUUUUGUUUAGCGCAUUUACAAAAUCCGCUUGUUUUGAAGGCUGGUAAAUUUUCAACUUUCAGUUAUGUGACAAUGACAAGCAUAACAAAAACUGCAUUUGGAUAUUUUUCAGUGCUGAAAAAUUUUUUAGUUCGUAAUUAAUUUGUUACGAGAAUAUAAUUGUUAGAUAAAAUGUACAGCGAAUUGUUAAUAGAUAGUAUAUAAUUGAAAUAAAUUAAAUAGAACAUAACUGACAAGAUAAAAAAGUAAAAGAAAGUCCCUAUGAUUUAAUCACUAGAUUAUCAAGAUACACGGUCGCAUCUCGCGCCAAGUAUGCAUCGAACAGUGUUAGAAAUCGAAGAAU